CUCCAUCCCCCGACCUGAAUCUUGGGAGUCUUCUCGGCGCCUACAGAUCGACAUUGUUGCCCUAUGAUUCGGCUCCACGGUACCCCAUGACAGAUUCUGAUGACAUUGGCGACCACCGUUCAGCCCUUGCAUGUGAAAGGGAUCCCGAAUUGCGAAUGUGUCGCCCGGACUACUGGUGUUCCGGCCAACUGGCGGCCAGGUUAGACCCCCUAUCACCGGCCACGAGCAACGCUUCACCCGAAUCUGUCUCCUCCUCCUCCGUUUCCGCCUCCAACGGCUCAUCAUACGAGGCCGCUUGCGAGGGUACAAAUCAGUCGCCCUCCCCAAAGUUGCAUAUUUCGCAAGCUAGCUUCAUAGCAACCGGCGGGACAACUGUGGAGCCCGAAGUCAGCCCGAAUUCUGGCUGGGUCGAUCCAGGGGCAAUGGUGAGUAGGACGAAUUCGCACUAUUUGGUGCUAGAGGCGGCGGCCAUGGCCCAUUCAUCUGUCGGCCAGUCUCUACGGCCCGAUGCAUGCGAGGAGGCAGACGUCUCCUUCGGGGCAUACUCUCGCCUGCUCCACAAAUCCUACGCCCCGACUCACCUCCACACAACUCUAAGGCAGCCUCCCAACGCCCAUACGCCCACCCUCGGGAUGCAGGCCCACUUUCAGAUGCAGUCCUCCUCCUCCUGUACUCCCUUUGCGGUCACUGUUUGCCUGCCGAAGGAUCGCAUUUCCGUUCCACAUAACCAAUCUCCACAAGCAGCCCAUCCCGUCAACGGGCACCCCGAGAGGAUGUCCACUUUGCAGCCGGCCCCUCUUACCAACUUCUCUCCUCCUCUUUGCUUGGAUCCGCCGAUUCCGCGUCUUCUUCCAUCUCUUCUUUCCUCUUCUUCUUGCUCGACCGAUUCUUCUUCCUCUGCGUCUUCCUCCUACCUGCCGAUCACUCCGGGUCACUCUUUUUCCCAAUUCUGCGUCGGAGCGGAUCCGAUUCCCGUGGGAUGUGACGACAGACUGACGUUUCUGCAGCAUCCCGAGGCUGUCCAAGAAACUAUUACUUAUCAUCGCAUCACCGGUCCCGUGGUCGGCCCGGCAAGGUGGCGACAGCCGUCUGCUUGGCCGGAGUCGUCCAGUUCUGAGGCGGUUGGAGAAGGUGUCUACAACUGGAUUUCGCCCGUCACCACCAAACCAUCGGAUGACUGCCCAUCUGCCUGGACUAGUCCCGAAGAUCGAGUCCAGACAAUGGCCGCCUCCUCGGCGUCUCCGACCUCGGCCUUGGUUUCAGUUUCGGUCUUGUCGUCCGCCUCUUCGCCGUCGCCGUCGCCGUCAACAUCGUCGUCACCGUCCUCUACUGUCGGCUCGACUCUGGAGGCUGGCGAGCGUGUAAACAGAUGCCCAGUCUGUUCUCGAACUUAUGCUCGACCCAGCACCCUGAAGACGCAUCUUCGCACACACUCGGGCGAGAGACCUUAUGCCUGUCCGGCCUGCCGGAAGACCUUUUCACAGGCGGCCAAUCUGACCGCUCAUCUGCGCACCCAUUCGGGAGAAAAGCCUUUCCACUGUGCUCUCUGCCAGCGCCGCUUCUCUCAGAGCUCCUCGGUCACCACGCACAUGCGCACGCAUUCGGGUGAGCGACCCUAUCGCUGUCGCCACUGCCGGAAGGCCUUCUCCGACAGCUCCACCCUCACCAAGCAUCUGCGAGUCCACACCGGCGAGAAGCCCUACCAGUGCCGCUACUGCCUUGUCCGAUUCUCCCAGUCUGGCAACCUGAAUCGGCAUAUCCGCGUUCAUCUGACUACGGGAUCACUGACCGUCGUCAAACCAACCGAUUGA